AUGAAUAUUAAUAAGCUACCAUAAAACUGCAAAGAGAGAUUGGCUGAUUUGGAAGCCCGUAUAUUCAAGAAACCAAAAAUUGAAAUUCUUGAAUAAUUCUAAAAGGAAAGCAUACCUUCUUUCGAAAUCAAACCUGCCCGUAAGUCUGUUUAUGACUAAACACUCCUUAAAUAAUUACAAAUUACCUAGUUUACCAAAAAUGCAUAAAAUAAAUAGCAUUAUAAUAAUUAUAAUAAAGAAACUUUAAUAGAAGAAAACAACGAAACUCAUGCGAUCGAUGCAUUGAAACGAAGUUUAAAUGAACUGGCUAUAAAGGAUUCACAUGUUAAAUAGUUGGAAUAGCACAUCUCUGACCUAACACAGUAAAUUCAAAAUUUUAAAACGUCGUCCUUUAAAUAUGACACAGCUAUCAAAGCAUUUGCAAUUGAAUUAGAUUAAAAUUAGAGAACAAAAAGGAAUUAAUUGAUUGAAAAGAAUACCAAAAAAUUUGGACAAUAUUAAUAUACAAGGGAGAAAACAAAAAUCAUAUAAGUUUGGGUUGAUAGUAAAGAAAUUAAAGAUCUCAAAGAGAAACUGGGAAGUAUUCGGCAAUAAUUAGAUUUAUGUGAGAAUUAAUACAACAUAUCAUUGUCAAGAGAAUCAUUGAAUUAUUUGGUUCUUUAGAGGGAGGAGGAAUAAUUAGAGAAAUAACUAAAUGGUUUAGAAAAUGAAAAGUAAUUAUUUAUUAGAGAUUUGAAAUUAAGAUAUGAUGAACAACAUGCAAAAUUCAAAAAUUUUGAUUAAUAUCCUGUAAUAGGAGAGAGAUAUGUAUUAUUAUCACUUUUAGGGAAGGGAGGUUUCAGUGAAGUAUAUAAGGGUUAUGACUUAAAAGAGAUGAAAUAUGUGGCAUGCAAAAUUCAUUAAUUAAAUUCUAACUGGACGGUCAAUUCGAAAUCAUAUUAUGUUAAAUUAGUAACAAAGGAAUUUAGAAUACAUAAAUAACUAUAGCAUCCGAAUAUUAUAUCCUUGUUUGAAUCUGUCGAGAUUGACUCUAACACUUUUUGUACUAUUCUAGAAUUUUGUAGUGGUUAAGAUUUAUCUUUUUACAUGAAGAAAUAUGGUAUGAUUGAAGAGAAAGAAGCAAAAUUAAUUAUCUAAUAAUUGCUUGAGGCAGUAAAGUAUAUUCAUUUCAAUAAAAUCAUCCAUUAUGAUAUUAAGCCUUAAAAUAUCUUAUUCAAUUAAAAUGAUGUAAAACUUUGCGAUUUUGGAUUGUGUAAAGAAUUAGAAUCAGAAAAUUCUCAGAUUGAAUUUACAACCUAAGGAGCUGGCACUUUUUGGUAUUUGCCUCCUGAAUGUUUCGCCAAAGGGGAUAAUCCUUAAGUAAUCUCAAACAAAGUGGAUAUUUGGUCAAUUGGAGUUAUCUUCUUUGAAAUGCUCUAUGGGUUGAAGCCUUUCGGAAAUGGAGAAAGUUAAGAAACUAUAUUGAAACAUAGGAUAAUUGAGACUUCCGAAAAAGUAGUGUUUCCAGAAAAACCAACUUUGUCAAAGGAAUGCAGGGAAUUCAUUGAGGGAUGUUUAAAUCAUAAAUAGUAGGAUAGAUUUGAUAUUCACUAAGCAUGCAAUCACCCUUAUAUGAGAAAAUGA